AUGUCCAAGGGUACUGUACUUAUUACCGGAGCUUCUGGCUUCCUGGGCAGCCACAUUGCAGCCCGUCUGAUUAUUCAGGGGUAUAAAAUCAGGGCUACAUUCCGCAGCGACUCAAAGAGCCAGCUGUUCAAAAACAUACUCGGCGGCAACAAUGUUGAGACAUGCAUCGUCGCAGACAUCACAGCACCCGGCGCCUUUAUGGAAGCCAUUGUGGGUGCUGACUUUGUCAUCCACACAGCCUCUCCUUUCACCUUCAAGGUUACGGACAUUAACAAGGACUUGAUUCAGCCGGCAGUGGAGGGCACAACCCGGAUGCUCGAAGCCAUUGCUUCCAGCAGCACUGUGAAGCGUGUAGUGCUCACAUCAUCUUUUGCUGCGGUUGUAGACCCAACAAAGGGACCACGGGCUGGAUAUGCAUACACAGAAGAGGAUUGGAACCCAAUGACUCCCGAAAAGGCGUUGGAGAAUAACCUCUUUGGGUACCAGGCCAGCAAAACAUUCGCGGAAAAGGCCGCAUGGGACUUCAUCAAAUCCAAUGUCGGAAACGAGAAAACACCUUCACUCGUCACAAUCUGCCCUCCCAUGAUUUUUGGACCCGUCCACCCAGCCUCGGGUAUCACCAAGGAUGCCCUCAAUGAAUCCUCGGCGCAACUACUCAACGCCGUGACCAGCGCAGACCCCACACCCACAAGGAUGCCAGUGUUUGUUGACGUGCGAGAUGUCGCCCAGGCGCAUGUCGACGCCUUGGACGUCGCCAGAAUCCCCAACAGCGAGCGCUUUGUUGUCUGUGCUGGUAAGUUUACCUGGGCGGCCAUUAAGGAGAUUUACGAGAGUGGCGUCGCCUCGGCGGAGAGCAUGUCUCCGGCCGAUGACUAUUAUUCCAUCAGGGCCAAAAAGAUUGAGGAUAUGAUGGGAAUUAAAUGGAUUAGCCUUCAGUCAUCU